CUCCACACCAACUAACCAAUCACUUGGGCAGGCAGACAGAGAAAUGGGGAGAGGAAAGUACUGUUACAGAGAAGUAAUGCCAUUCGCGGCCAUGGUGACGGUGGAGUGCACCAACGUAGGCCUAAGCACACUCUUCAAAGCAGCCAGUUCCAGAGGUCUCAGCUACCAAGUCUUCAUCGUCUACUCUUUCGCUAUUGCCACUCUUGCUCUCUUGCCCUUUGCCUUCUUUUUCCACAGGAAAACUUCGCUUCCUCCAUUCAAUUUCUCUCUCCUUUGGAGAAUCUGCCUCCUUGCCAUUCUUGGUUUUUCAGCUCAAAUGCUUGGAUUUAAAGGAAUUGAGUACAGUUCUCCAAGUCUCGGCUCUGCCAUCAGCAACCUCACACCAGCUUUUACUUUCGCACUUGCCAUUAUUACCAGGAUGGAAAAGGUGACGUUGAGAAGUGCAAGCAGUCAGGCUAAAAUUUUAGGCACCAUAGUUUCAAUAUCAGGUGCACUUGUAGUGGUUCUAUAUAGGGGUCCAGCAGUUUUAAGGACACCAUCACAAUCCCUUUCACUCAAUCAGCCUCUGACUUCACCACAAUCCAAUUGGGCUCUUGGUGGUCUUCUUCUUACCGCUGACUAUCUAAUAAUCUCUGUAUGGUACAUUUUUCAGGCGCAACUUGUCAGAAGGUACCCAGCAGAGCUACUUGUAGUCUGUCUAUACAGCUUAGCUGUGACCAUCAUAUCUGCACCAGUAUGCCUACUCACAGAACCGGACUUGAACGCAUGGAAAUUAAGAGCUGAUCUAACGUUGGUCGCCAUUCUAUAUUCAGGAGUGAUUGGAUCAUCCCUUGGUACUGUGGUUCAUACAUGGGGUCUGCACCUGAAAGGGCCUGUGUAUGUAGCAUUGUUUAGGCCAUUGUCGAUUGGCAUUGCAACUAUCAUGGGGGUCAUUUUCCUUGGUGAUACCCUCUAUCUUGGAAGUGUUAUUGGAGCAAUAGUAAUAUCAGUUGGGUUUUAUGUUGUAAUAUGGGGUAAGGCAAAAGAAGAGAUGGGUAAGGAUGUUGCAGUUAGUGAUUUGGAGUCGCCAAAUGCUCCCCUGUUGCGAAGCUAUCCAAGUUAAGGAAGGUAGAAGAAGCACAAAACAGCCCCUAAUUGCCAAAUGUUAGAGUGGCAGCUAUGAUACAAAUUGUUGAUUGUCCGCCGAGGCAUUAAUUAUUUAUGUGAUGUUGCAAUGAAAUUACUGCACAUUUUCUCCGUCCACAAAUGUUAAACAAUGGUAAGAUCACAAAUUAUACUUGUUGAAGGAAGAAUAUAAAUAGGGCAAAAAGAAAGAAUCAAUAAAGAAACAAAAAACAAAGAUGCAGCAACAAAAUAUCUAUAUAUAUAUAUAUAUAUAUAUCUCUAACAAGCAACAAGAAACAAAUUAUCGGAAAGACCUGAAACCUCAUAGAGCUUCCAUCACAAUCACCUUCAGAACCUCACUAU